UGACGUCGGCGUUGGAGGUCAAGGGAGCGACGGUAGCGGCCCUAAAAGCCGAUCUGACACUGUGGGCGGCAUAUUGCAGUGAAAUGGCGGACCAAGCGGUGGAGGUGCGCCGGGUCCUAUACGCGACACCAGCGACUCGCCGUCCUAAGGCGAAAUUACGGACAACACCGGCCCCUCAAAUACGGACAGCCCCACCCCUGCGCCAGUCCCAAUGACGGAUCCAACGAUCCGUUGGGUGAGAUUAGCCCUAGGUUGGCCACUCCACCCAUGCCGGCCAGCGGCGGAUCCACACUCGCCAACGACGGAGUGGACUGGUAUGCCUUCGAAAGUGGCAUACCAAGACCUACUACCGUCACCACCACCCGCGCCACCUAAAACGAAACCGGGGCCUCUGGAACCCUGGCCAACACCGAUGCCGACACCGGUCACCAGAAAGGAGUCAGUUCCAGGGCAGUCAAACAAGGGCCCUGUUAUAGGGUCAUCCGGAAACGUGAAAGGGACGCGGAGCGCAGGACGGAGUUCUAGCGCCGCAAGUUGGAGGAGGCAUGGAAGAAAUCCCAAACCGAGCGGGCGGGCCCCAACCAGCAGUACCGGCUACAUAAGUCGGCACGUGGCACGGAUAGCCAGAGCACCUCCGAGGGAACCCUCGUCAGUGAGAUGAUGGAGCCAUCAUCGUCCGGGUCGGAAAUGCUCACAAGGGCAGGCCGACUGGAGGAACUCGGCAACAAAACAGGCAACUCGACCGGCUCUCAGAAGUCGAUGGAAGUCGGCGAUCGGGUGCUGGAAAACACCGAGCCGUCUCUCCCGAUCGAGGAGGACUUUACGUUCUUCUACAUGUGUUCACCUCCCACUUCCUCAGGGGAGAAUCAGGUGACAAUGUCGGAUCACGACCGAUCCCCAGGGGUCUGGAAAAGUGACCAUGGUCAUGACCAACUCCCAAAACAGUAAACACCAGCAGGACCAGUUUGUCUACCAAGCCGACCGCACAAGUCCGGAUCUCGUGACAGACGGACCGCCCAAAAGAACCACCAUAAUGAACACUAUAAUGAUUCAAUUAAUCAGCGAGCUUCUCAUCGACAUCGCCAACGUCAUAUACUCGACCUAACUGCCGUGCGCUCAGAUAUUAUCAAUAAUAGUGCAUUACCAUGUGCACAUCGUGUCCAUAUCUAUGCUGAUAAGUACAUCGCGUUAUCAGGUGGUGUUCGUUGUCAUACGGUUUUCGAAAACAAACGGACUUCACGGUGCGGGAUGACGAUCGAAUUGCCCCACGUCUUAUAUCAGUGUUCGGGAUUUGAAAUGAUGUAAUUACAGCGAUCGCGUGUGUUACAUAACGUUCCGGAAGUCCUGAAGCCGUACCAUGGCGUCCAGCCUUGCUCUCGUUAACCGCGAACCCAAGCGAACGACCGAACAAUCGUUAGACUUCGGUUGUUGUCCGUCUGUUCGAGACCGCAAGAGGGCUGAGUGAGCCCACAGUCCCGUCGAGGUUAAAAAAAUGAUAGAUUUGAAAAUUGUCAGUUCUCAGUUGGAUAUUGGUUCCGUUAUGGAUUUUGUGAACUCUCCUAAUUGUGGAGCAAUAUCAAUAUUUAUUGGAACAACUAGGGAACAUUUUGAUGGGAAUAAAGUGAAAACAUUGUUCUAUGAAGCUUAUGAGUCAAUGGCUUUAAAUGAAAUGAAAAGCAUUAUAGAGUUAGCUAAAAAAAAAUGGCCUGAAGUAAUGAACAUCGCAAUACAUCACAGGAUUGGUGAAGUAAAAGUUAGUGAAGCAGGAGUUGUGAUCGCUGCCUCUUCUCCUCAUCGAAAACAUGCACAAGAAGUUGUUUCAUUUAUACUAGAUAGAUUGAAAACAACGGUUCCUAUUUUUAAGAAAGAGCUGUAUGAAGAUGGCUGUAGUGUAUGGAAAGCUAAUGAUGAAUGCGUUUGGAAAAAAAAUUGUUAAACAUUCUCUAUGCAACACAGAUGGUUGUAAUAUUAUAAGUAUUUGAAAAAUCAUGCAGAGUUUAGGGCUAUUACGUAAGAAUUAUAUUGUAUAUAUUUUUAUUUUUUUAAUAAUUAUAAAGUUUUCCUGCCAUUAUCAUCUAAUGUAUUUCUAAUAUUAUACUAUAGUAAAAAAUAAAUGCAAAACAAUAUAAUCAUCAAAA